AUGGCUCCGUGCUUCUCUCCAUAUUCCGUGGAAAAGAACCCUUCGGUCUACGAUGGGUACAAGUUUGAGCUACCGGAGUUGUAUCGUCGAAUUGCUAUGGAAGAACUCGGUGAAGAUGACUUGGUUCGGGAGCAAUCAUUGACCGAAAUGCGGCAAUGGAUCGUGAACAAUCCGCACAUCCGGAAGUGUCGAACGGACGCCAAGUUCCUGCUGAGAUUCCUUCGCUUUCGGAGGUUCUCCGUCCCGAUGGCCUGUGAAGCGCUCGAGCGAUACUUGGUUGUGCGCGAGCUGUAUCCCAGCUGGUUUAAGCACCUCGACAGCAACGAUCCGACCAUGAUGGAAAUAUUCGACAAUGUACCUUUCAGUGUGCUCGGAUUUGAUAGUGCCGGUCGCAUGGUGGGACUGUGUCGAUUUGCCCGCUAUCACGAUCAGAAGCAUCAGCCCUUCGAAGAUGGCAAGUACAUGGCCAUCGUUAUGGAGACGCUGCUCGAGUGGGAAGAAACGCAGAUCGGAGGCUGCCAGGUGUUUAUGGAUUGGCAAGGCAUCUCCGUGAACAACCUGGAGAAGUGGAACACAACCGAUCUGAGAAUCAUGAUGGAUGCGUUCGGUCACACGUACCCGCUGCGCUACGGUGAUAUCUUUUCGGCGAAACUGCCCAAAUUUGGCGAACCAACGAUGGACACGUUUGUCUCAUUUGCGAAUCCCAAAAUGCGGGAGAAAAUCACCUGCCUGUCCUCCAUCACCGAAUUCGGUCAGCAAUUUGAGCCGAACAUGAAACCGAAGGAAUAUGGUGGCACGCAGGAUUUGCACGCGUUGAACCGAGCCUUCCGGAAGCGCGUGGAGGAGCAGCGUGAAAUCACUCUGGGGCUCGACCAGAUGGAAAUUGACAUCGACUAUUAUGCAUCCGUUUGGAACAAGAUGGGGGCAGAACCGGAUGCAGUAGCGGCCGGAGCUAUUUUCAAGCGUUUGGAAAUAAAUUGA